ACCGCUCUUUAUGGUCCGUUUUAUCAGUAUACAGAAGAAGAUGGUGACGCUGUAAAAUUUUCCCUUGACUGUGGUGUUGAUACAGGCCGAUUUGAUAUUGAUUCUUCCACAGGUCUCCUGUCGUAUUCAGCAGACUAUGAUCUAGACAUGGUCGGUACAGCAUCUCAGGUGAACUGUAAUGUUUCUAUCAGUGAUAAUGAGUAUACAGAUAUGGCCUACAUUAAUAUAACUAUAUCGAAUGACAAUGACAAUGCACCAGUAUUUACCUAUAGUACAUACACGUUCUAUAUACCAGUAACUUCAAGUGUUGGGUCAUUUGUCGGACAGGUACAAGCAAUUGAUAAUGAUAUUGGAAGUUAUGGAAAUAUUUUUUACCAUAUUGCGCUUACAGACUUCAACUAUGGUUUAUUUCAUGUAGACGAAAAUGGUUCGAUAUUUGUCAGCAAAAGUUUGACUCAGUAUACCGAAGGCUCCGUUUUAAAUCUAACGAUUUAUGCUGUGGAUAUUGGAAGCAGACAGGCUUCAACGUUGGUUGAUAUUGUAUUUCCAACAAGUUAUGUAACUCGUGUUCCCCAAGGAAAUGAUAUACAGUACUUAACAUUCUUCCGAUAUUCUCCAAAUAUGGCUUGGUUUGUUCCUUUAAUGUUUGUGCUUUUCGUCACCGUCUGUGUUGUUACAAACACAAUAUACACAACUAACUGUACAAAUUUGAAAAAACAUAAGCAAGACGAAACGGAAAAGACCAAUGAGAUCAUUAUAAAAUAUUGAAUGAACAAUAUGUAUUCAUGAAUACUCUAUGUUUUUGUAAGACGGAAAGAGGCGUUCAUUAAAAAUACUUUGAG